GUGGUGUAGACAGUGCCACUCGUUACAGAACGAAUGGUCCGGGUCUCAGCAAAGCAAGACAACCAGAUGAAAGCCACGUGUACGUCGGCUUUCUGUGUGUAACGUCAGUUUCGUCCCAAAUCUCACCACGCCCACAGUCUAUAAAAGCUCGCUCCCAUCUUGUAGCCUGCUCUACUCGUGCCUUUCUGAUUUUUAAAAGAACAAAACGCAAGCAAAGUUUUUACGGCAGAACAAGGAAAAACAGAAAGAGGAAAAACAUUUAUCUUUUCUGUCAGCCUAUGGUGUCCGUGAAUCCGAACCCGGCUCAAGGAUUUUUCUUCUUUGAUCCAAUGAAUAGGUCUUAUUCUGGCUUCAAUUCUCAGCCACCAACAGCUAACAAUACUACAACUUCGACAACAAAUAGUAGUACUAGUACUACUACGUCAUCGACUAAAACUGCGAGUACUAAUACGAUGUCGUUUGCGGAAGAUCCGAGCAAGAAGAUUCGAAAACCAUAUACGAUUACUAAGUCUAGAGAGAGCUGGACCGAUCAAGAGCAUGACAAGUUUCUAGAAGCUCUCCAACUAUUUGACAGGGACUGGAAGAAGAUUGAAGCAUUUAUUGGGUCCAAAACAGUCAUCCAGAUAAGAAGCCAUGCACAGAAGUACUUUCUUAAGGUUCAAAAGAAUGGGACAAGUGAACAUGUACCUCCCCCUCGGCCAAAGAGGAAAGCAGCACAUCCAUACCCACAAAAAGCACCUAAAAAUGGUCCAUAUGCUCCUGUUGCAUCCCAAGUUGCUGGCCCAUAUCAAUCUUCGACAGCAUUGCUUGAGACAGGUUAUGUUUACGGUCCAGAGUCAUCGUCAGUUCUUGCGAAUCCAUAUCCCGGUGCGGCCUUGUCUUCCCGGAGUUUUAACUCAACUCCACCAGUAAAUGUGUCGCAAGUGGCUAAAGAUGAUGUUGGAUUGGCUGGAUCAACUAUUGCUCAUAAUUGCUACAGUAGUAGUAAUGAAAGCACUCCAAGACCUCGGCCUGUUGGUGAAGCAAUUGAUCAAGGGGAUAGAAAACCAACCAGAGCUAUGCCAGAUUUUGCUCAGGUUUACAGUUUCAUUGGCAGUGUUUUUGACCCCAAUGCGACUGGUCAUGUUCAGAGACUUAGGCAGAUGGACCCAAUAAAUUUUGAAACUGCAUUGUUGUUGAUGAGAAAUCUUGCCAUCAAUUUGACAAGUCCUGAGUUUGAGGAACAUAGAAGGAUGCUACCACUUUAUGACGCGGAAUCGGAGAGAGCCAAAUUGAGUCGUCCUUACAAUAUUAUGCAUGUUGCUAAAUCAGAAAGUGCCAUUCCAUCUGUGUGAAGGAAAGGUAAUAAGAAGAUAUUUUGCAUUAUGAUUUAUCAGCAGGCCUUAAACAUUGAAUUCCAGCCAAAGUGAACUCCGUUUGAGAUUUUCCGACGGCGUUGUAGAAUGAAGUGAAUAUUCAUAUGACUAUAUGUGGUGGUGGCGUUUGUCUAGAAGACGGUUAGCCAAUGGCACGGUUGGAUUGUAGGCAAAUGCUUUUUGAUUUGUGUAUACGAUAGUGAAAUUUUUUUGUUUAUAUUUGAUACUAGGUGGUGGUGGUGGUGGUGGUGGCAGCGCUGGUGCAAGAUCAUUUUCAAGGCUUUUUAUUAAGAGGGCCGGCAUGUAUAGAGAUUUGAGUAUAAGCGAGUUUUGACUAUGGUACUA